AUGCAGUCAUGCAGUCGUGCACCUGUUGCCCACCCGCGUGUCAGUGGUCGCAGGUCAGGCCUGGAGUCUGGAGCUACUGGCGAGUCGCGACGUCCAUUCCAGAACGGAAGCCGCGCGUUCCUGCCUCAUGCAGUCAUCGCUUGCUCGGGAUUCAUUUUUGUUAACAAUAUCAAUACUGACUCUCACUUGUUCUCUCUUUUUCAGUUUAAGCGCUCAGCUCUGCAUAAAGCCAGUGCCCAAGGUCACAUAGAGAUCAUGCAGAAGCUCCUGGAGAGUGGAGCAUCCAUGGAUCAAAAAGACAAGCUGGAUGCCACAGCUGUGCACUGGGCAUGUAGAGGUGGAAGCCUGCCUGCCCUGGAGCUGCUUCUCAAUAAAGGAGCCAAAUUCAACUCCAGAGACAAGCUAUGCAGCACACCCCUCCAUGUUGCAGUUCGGACGGGACAUUACGAAUGUGCUGAGCAUCUCAUUCACUGUGGAGCUGAUGUAAAUGCGAAAGACAGGGAAGGAGACACACCAAUGCACGACGCAGUGAGGAUAAACAGAUUUAAAAUGAUAAAACUGCUGAUGAUGUAUGGAGCCAGUCUAAAUGCCAAAAACAAUGAUGGAAAGACACCAAUGGAGACUUUGCUUUCAUGGCAAAAAGGUGUGAAAAACAUCCUGAAUAAUUUUAAUGAAGAAGAAGCACCAAAUCCAAAUGUACAACUUUUCAACAUCCAUCUCAAUGCUGAAGUGUUAUAAAAUGCUUUUUCUUUCUUUCUUUCUUUCUUUCUUUCAUAUUAAAUGUUAAAUUUAACAGUACUUCGCAAUAUUCGUAAUGAUGACGCUAAUUGCUGGUGAUAGAGUGUCUGAAAUAUUGAUGAGGUUAUUUGUAAAUAUUGUUUUCUUACUUGUCUCAUUUGAUUUUGCGAGCAAAGAAUCUUCGGUGGGUGGCGCAAGGCAUGAACAUGUGUGAGUGGUUGUAUGUUUGUUUUAAAAAUGUCCAUGGCAGUUUGAGCUACUGGAAAAAAUGUCGACAGAUUGGAGUCAGAAGUACAAGUGUUCAGAAAUGGAACAGAAUGUGAAUGCUGGUCUGAGAAUGUUUAUUAUGAUGGAUAUUAUUGUAAUUGUUACGUAAUUAUGGACUGGAUUUGUGAAAGACUUUAGCACUGGGUACAUGGACAUCCCUUAUGAAAUGUGCAUUGGUAUAUGUGUUUUGUAAAUCUUUCUUUUAAACCCUUAAAUGUAAUUAUUGUGAAUCACUUGAAACGUGAAUACAGUGUUUUGGUAUGAGCCACCAAGUGUUUCCUGACAGUUUUAUGUGACUUCUUUAUAUUAGACAUAUUCUUUUAUAUAUAUAUAUAUAUAUAUAUAUAUAUAUAUAUAUACACACACAC